AUGGCGUUUCGAGAAGUCCAAAGCCUGCGCAGCCUUCACCACCUUCCGCAGCGGCGAUGGUACACUCCGCCAUCGAGGCGCACAUGGUCCAAGCAGCACUAUCGGAUCAGAACUCCUCGUCCAAUGACCGACAGGUUCGAUCUGUCCAGGGUGCAGCCGCAGAAGGAGUGGUGGCGAGAGCGGCGAGUGGCUCCUGCCACCUUCUUCGGUUUCCCAGACGUCACCAAGGCUGGCAUGAGAGGUGGAAGCAUGUAUACAGAGCAGAUGGACGCGGUCACCCUCGCCGUGCUGGCAGAUAAAUGUGUUCAGGAGAAUGUUUGGGAUCCCGAACUGUGGCUGAAGUUUUCCUGGCGUGCGCAGCAGCUUUCAACUCGUACGGAGGAGCCUGACCUUUGCUACAUCUUCCGAGCUUUUGCUCGUGCAGAUUGGUUCGACCAGAAUCUGUUGACAACUUAUCUUGGAAGACUGCACCGAAGGUUGCCGCAGUUUCAGCUGCCGGAUGUGGCUGUGCUCCUGGAAGCGUUUGAGAACCCGCGUUUCAGGCAAGGAGAAUAUUUACAGAGGAGUUUGACGCACAUGGCGUUGCUGCUGCAGCAUCGUGAUGAUGCAGCUGUUGAGGAUUUGGCAAGAACAUGUGUCGCUUUGCGCAAUCUUCAUCCACAACCCGCAGACAUCUCUGUCGAGGUGCAAGCCGGCUUGCUCCUCUUGGCCGAGAUUCAAACUGCAAGCAUCUUCCAAGCAUUCUGCAGCCUUCCAUCACCCGCAGCCGCCAUGCAUAUGCAUGUGGGACGGCUGCGUCCCAAGGAGAAGCCACGCAGGUCGCUGCUGAGCUUGUUGGGAAGAUUGUGGGGCACCAAAGCGACUUCGUCAUCACCCAGACCUUCCGGGUCGUCCGACCCAGAGGCGAGCCUGCCAAGCUUGCGGGCCGACGCUCCUCCAGCAGAACAUGCGACAACUCCCCAGGAUUCUGCAGAAGAUCAGCGGCGCUUGCCAAGACCGAGACGAAGACUGAGCGGGUCUCUUUCUGGCCAUGGUCUUGGUCCAGGUCGUCUCAAGCUACGGCUUCCAAGAGCCAAGGCUCGCAAGCAGCGGCAGAAGUCAGAGGCCCUGGCAAGAGAUGCCUUGAGAAGCAAAGACUUCUCCUUCGAGACCAUCGUGCGAGUUCUGGAGGCUGUCCACUUUCCGAUGAACAAGACUCGCAAGAAUGUUCUACCGGAUGGAGUGGAAGCGGUGCAUGGCAUGGUUCUCGGACUCUAUGCAUUCGCUUAUAACAUCGGCUACAGCGAUGCAUCCAAGAAGAAUCCCAGCUUGGUGCGUCUCCUGUCAGCCUUCUGUCGAGCUGCCCACCCUGACUUCGAGUUCACAUCCAUUCAGGUGAACAAGAACUACGCCGCCAGGCCGCAUGUCGACAAGAACAAUCUUGGCAACAGCUUCAUAAUUGGUUUGGGCAACUACAAGGGUGGGGAGCUUUGGGCUCACGACGAUGAGGGCGACGUCCCAGUUGAUCUCACUGAGAGCAUCCGAAGCAUGCUUCACUACCGAGCAGGAGUCACCUACAGGGGCCGCACCUUCGACAUCAAUUGUCGCUGGCAAAGCUUCGAUGGCAAUCGCUUACAUUGUGCAAGGCCCUUUGAGGGAACCCGGUACAGCUUAGUCUUUUACACAUGUGAUCGUUUCCAGCAAGCUUCGCAAGGUGUUCGGAGUGCCAUGUGCAGUGCCGGCUUCACUUUCAAGUGGUCGAGCAUGAGACUACAGGAUGCUCUCAGUGCAAAGAACGAAGAGCGAAAGCGAUGCCGGGAUGAGUUUGAGAUCGAGCAGAAGGCUUUAGUCCGUGAGGAGAGGCGCCGAGAGAAGGAAGAAUUGGGCCCUUGCAUGGCCCGCACCUGGAACAAGGGCUGGGGCGGCGACUGCGCCAACCCCAAGCACGUCGACGGUGGCGACUUCUGUCAGCAACAUCUAAAGGUUUGGAGGACGCACGGCCGAGUGGACGGACCGGUCCCGGAAAAGAAGCGGGCCGAGAUGCUGAAAUGGCAAAAGAUCCACGUCGGCAAGGGCGUGCAAGCGCUGCUUCUGCGGGAACUCUCAGAGUUGAGCCCUUCGCAGGCGAUUGGAGUACUGCAUUCGCUAGUUCGUUGGGAGCUCGUCAACAGUGAGCAUCAUCAAGGCAAUGCAGCCGCAGAUUUGUGCUGGUCGCUUGCGCGUGAGCUCAAAGGGAAGCUGCGAAACGCUGGGCGGGAGAAUCCCGAGGACUUGGCGCUGCUGGCAAUGGCUCUGUCCAGUGGCAAAAUCGAUCAUGAAGAGCUUUGGCUGGAGCUGAUCACCAACCUCGAGAUGGAAAUGCACAGAAUGUCUGGGUCUGCGGCCUCACAAGCUGCAUACGCAGCCUCCAAGAAUGGGCACCGCGGCAUCAAGCUUUAUCAGAAUGCUGGUCGACUACUCGGGGAAGAAGCUUCGAAAUUGUCAGCAAUGGAUUGCGCCUAUGCAGCAGGUGCCUUCUUGCGAGGCCCCGGUUCCUUGGCCGAGCAGGUGGUGCUCCGAGGAGCCGUCGGCGCUCAGAUCCAGGAGCUGGGGCUUUCCAGCUUCGACGCGGAGGCCUUGGCCAUGAUGUUGGAUGCCCUGAGCCGCGCUGCCCCCAGCACCUGGGGCGUAGAGACUCUGGCCGCUGCGGUGCUGGAGGAGGUCCAUGGGCGAGCUGACGAGCUAUCCUUUGACGACCUCGCCCUGGUUGCGAGGAGCUUGGGCUACCUGCAACCUCAGACUCCGCAGGUACUCCAGCAUGUCUUGGAUCAUGCCCUUCGCGCAGCCAAGGAUCAAGGAAGCUCAGCACGCUCAUUCGCCCUGUUGUGUCAGGGCAUAGCUAUGCAGCCUUCAUCGCUGCUUUUGGAUGCCUCCGAGCGCUUGGAGGCAUUGCUCCCAGAGGUAGAAAAGGCACUCCAGGAAAAGCCCACUGCAGAGUCUGCUGCCCAGAUCCUUUGGAGCCUCUCUCGGUGCACGUCCUCUUCGAGAGAGGGGGUAUUUGCUGUGUGCGAUGACGUGUUGUCCGCCAGGGCCGCAGAGUUGCCAGCAAGUCUCUUGAUUCGUCUGGCUGAAGCCCUGGCAGCAGUAAGCAGGACUGGCUUGAAUCCCUCGCAGGCGCUCAUCAAAAAGGUGAGCUAUCUCCUGGACAUGAAGCGCUAUGACCUGCCGUCAGGCAAGCUCUGGCGAGCGGCGCGGGCUUUCGAGCUUCUCAGAGUGCCCAAGAACAUAUCGCUGGAAGAACGAGACCAACCAGCGUCAGCAAAGGUCCCGAGGCGGCAGGGCUCCCAGAAGCUGGAGUCGCUGGAGCCGCUGGAGCCGCUGGAGCCCGCUUAG